AUGCUUCGCUCCUUGCUGCACGCCCUGCGUAGAACACCUUUCGAGCGGCCAUGGAAGCCCCUGAAUUUCUCCAAUCCCAACUUUGGUCGUAUUGCACCGGGUCAAAUAGUUGAAGAGGAAACAAUACCCGACUAUGUUGCGUCGCGUUACUAUCCUACUCAAAUCGGAGACCUAAUCCAGGACAGGUACCAGAUCAUCGGCAAAUUGGGAUAUGGAGCUACAUCGACUGCCUGGCUAGCCCGGGAUAUGCCUCGCCGCUCGUAUGUGACGCUCAAGAUAUUCAUCAAAGCUGCAUCGACGGGACAGCAACUGGAUGAUGAGCUAAAGAUGUACCAACAUAUCACUCGAGAUUCGAGACACCCCGGUUCCAAGGCAAUUAGGUCUCUUCUUGACUCGUUCCACAUUGACGGGCCUGAAGACAAACAUCAAUGUCUCGUCCACCCUCCCUUGUUCGAAAGUGUAGGGGAAUUUCUCCACCGCAACCCCAUCCAGAGGCUGCCGAAACCUGUUUUGGCGUUUACACUCCGGCAAAUGUUCCUAGCGCUUGACUACCUGCACACUGAAUGCCAAGUCAUACAUACUGAUAUCAAAGCCAAUAACAUCAUGUUCGAGCUAGCGGACGAUUCAGUCUUCGCCAAAUUUGAACAAGACGAGCUUCAGGAUCCGUCGCCAAGAAAGGAGUCAGAUGGGAAAACGAUAUAUCUCUCGCGAGAGCUCGCAAUGAUCCCUGGCAAGCUUGGUACGCCUGUUUUGUGUGAUUUUGGUUCGGCAGUCGCGGGCGGUAUCGAACAUACAGAGGAUGUCCAGCCGGAUAUCUAUCGAGCGCCGGAAGUGAUUCUGAAAGUUCCGUGGUCAUACAGCAUCGAUAUAUGA